AUGGAAGCAGUACCAAAGAUUGGAAAGUUCUGUGAAAGAAAACUCAACAAAAAAUUUAUGAACGGUCCUAGAUGUGUAAACUGGAGAGGAGCUGCAAAGAUUUCAUACGGGGAGAUCAUCCAGUUGGAGAACAUCUUUACACCCGAGGAUGUCAUCUAUCCAUACAUCUCAUGGGGAGGGAAUUGUGUAGUAAUUGAAAGUGCUAAAUUUCACAGAGCUGGUGAGGUGGAGGAUGAUAGAAUCAAGGUUCUCAUGAGGAUGAUAGCUGCUAAGCAUGCCUUCAGUGAUCAUAUUUGGGAGUUCAAAGAGACACCAGAGUUUUCUUUUGGGGUUAAUGAUGGAGUAUCUGAGAAUGAUGAAGGAUCUAAGACUGAUGAAGAUGCUCCGAAGAAUGAUGAAGAAGAUGGGAGUGAUGAAGAGUUUCAAACUCCAAGAGGAACAGUGAGCACAAGCUCCGGAGGUAGAAAGCGAAAGAAGAGGCUCCCAGAUUGUGGAAUGGAAAAAAGGAAACAAAAUCUUCUAUGUACUAGCGCCAAACAGGCGCCGUUUAAUGAGGGUAUGAAGAGCUUUGUGGACUAG